AAAAUGGAAGACAAACAAAUCAAAGGGCACGUUGUAGUACUCCCGUACCCAAGCCAAGGCCACAUUAACCCUCUUCUCCAAUUCGCCAAACGUUUAGCCUCCAAAGGUGUAAAGGCCACACUGGCCACCACCCAUUACACCCUCCACUCCAUAUCCGCCCCUCACAUCGGUGUCGAACCCAUCUCCGACGGCUUCGACCAAGGCGGCUUUUCUCAAGUAGGGGACGUAGACUUUUACCUCAAGUCAUUCAGGGUCCACGGUUCUAGAACCCUGGCCGAACUCGUCGAAAAAUUCUCCAACUCCAACAUGCCGGUUAACUGCGUCGUGUACGACUCGUUUCUUCCAUGGGCUCUCGAUGUUGCUAAGCAGCAUGGGAUUUACGGGGCUGCAUUUUUUACUAACUCUGCCACGGUGUGUAACAUCUUUGCUCACAUUCAACAUGACCUGCUGGCUUUGCCACUCGAUCAUGCAACAAUGCCGUUGGUGUUACCGGGACUCCCGCCGUUGAACUCCCGAGACUUGCCGAGUUUCCUUAGGUUCCCAGAUAGCUACCCUGCGUAUUUGGCCAUGAAGUUGAGUCAGUAUUCGAAUUUGAAUGAAGCGGAUUGGGUUUUUGGUAACACCUUCGAAGAACUCGAAGGAAAGGAAACAAUAGGGGUAUCAGAGAUUUGGCCAGCCAAGUUGAUUGGCCCAAUGAUCCCAUCGGCUUACUUGGACGAAAGGAUCAAAGGUGAUGGAGGGUACGGUUCGAGUUUAUGGAAGCCACUCAGCGACGAGUGCAUUGAAUGGCUCGAACCAAAACCAUCUAACUCGGUCGUCUACGUUUCAUUCGGAAGCAUGGUCUCAUUAUCAGAGGAACAAAUUCAAGAGAUCGCAUGGGGUUUAAAGGAGAGCAACAUGUAUUUCCUAUGGGUAGUAAGAGACACCGAGCAGCGAAAACUGCCCAAAUGGUUCAUAGACUACUCGAGUCGACAAAAGGGCAAGGUCGUAACAUGGUGCAACCAGCUUGAAAUGCUGGCACAUCGGACAGUGGGGUGCUUCGUGACACACUGCGGGUGGAACUCAACCCUAGAAGGGCUGAGCCUGGGUGUGCCGAUGAUCGGCAUACCGAAAUGGACCGAUCAAUUGACCGACGCUAAGUUUGUCGAGGAGAUUUGGGAGAUCGGGGUGAGAGCCGAGGAAGACGAGGAGGGUGUUGUGAGGAAAGAUGAGCUGAUGAGAUGCUUGAUGGAAGUGAUGGAAGGGGAGAGGAGCAAAGAGAUGAAGAGAAACGCUAAGAAAUGGAGGGAUUCGGCUAAGAGAGCGAUCGAUGAAGGAGGGAGCUCGGAUAAGUGCAUCAAUGAAUUUGUGGAACAUUUGAUGGCUUCUUACCACAACUUCAAUGGACAUUGCUAAACCAAAUUACUCAUCUCGACCGUCUUGUAUUGUGUGUUCUUUUUUCGUUUCAUUGCAUUAGUCAAUCAAAUUUGGACAAAAAUCUUAAACGUGUUGACCAUGUUUAGCAUGUUGUAUGAUGUUUCUUAUAUCAUUUUUGUGCUUCCAGGCAUUGCAUUUGGAA